AUGGAGCCGACAAAAAGAUCAGGAAAACAAACACAAAUCAAUCAAGAACAGAUCACAAAAAGAUCAAAAGUGAAAGGACAAAAUGCCAUAUCUAUUGAAGACUUGAAUGCAAGGAAAGCAGGCAACAUCUUUGAAGGGGAUGUGCUCAUUGUCUAUAAAGCCACACUUGACAAAGUGAACAAAUCAAGGCCUGUCCUCCGUGCAACUCUAACUGAUUUGAAAGCUGAAAUGACAAUUACAGUUAAUGUUACUGGUGACCUUGUAGAAAAAUAUGAAGAAAAAAUAGUGCCAAAUUUUGUAAUUUGCAUCUCAGGAUUUGAUAUUGCCCCAAAGACAGACUACAAUCAUGGUGACAGUGACUGCAAACAAGGUUCACAAUACACACUUGACAUCAAAGAUGGUGACAAUGAAAUAGACAAAGUACAGGGAUGGAUGCAUCUACACGAAUCUGUGUUAGAAGGUGGCUGUGCCUUCGAAAAGGCUUUUGGUAUGACUAUGUGCGAGUACACUGUAAAGAAUCCUGAAGAGAACAAGGCAUUUAACGAGGCCAUGUCCAGUGACACUCAUGUUGUCAUGUCUUCGGCCGUGAAGAUUUACGAGGAGGGAUUUAAGAAGAUAACUUCUUUGGUUGAUGUUGGCGAAGGUGUGGGCUCUGCCUUGUCCAUUAUUGCGGAGAAUUACAAACACGUUAUAGGAAUUCAUUUUGAUCUACCUCAUGUCAUUGCUUCUACAGUUCCUAUUCCUGGUAAGGUUGAUCAUUGCCCAUUAAAUUUUUCUGUUUUAUUUCAAAAAAUCUUUGGCUUUACAAGAAUGUUGUCAAUUCACUGA